CGCAGGUUUUGACGCAUCAGUGUGAACUUGACUCCAGCCUGUAUGUCGUCUGCAAGGGAUAAUUGUAAAGUGAUACAUCUAUUUCGCGCGCGUUAAUGCCCCGUCACAAAUAAACAGUUUCCCAAUCGUCUGUCUCCUGUAGCUUUGGGGAUGUGCUAUUGAAUGUGAUGGUAACACGUUUCAUACGGACAGAAAACCUCACUCUGAUCCCGGCUCUCAUCAAGCACCACUAAAGAUCUUCUUCAGGCGAUCUUUCUUCUUGAUAACAAAGUGAUGAUUGCCAAUUUAAUGGUGAUCGAUAUCAACCUCCUGUCUCAGAUUUUAUCCCGCAUCGCUCUCCGCGGCCGCUUGAAAGCUUAACAUUUCUUCCCUGGUUUCCGCCGAUUCUGAAAUCAGUCGUAUUUCGUCUGCCUGUUCGACUGAGUCGCAUGUUCAUCCCGUGUCUGAAUGUUCAACAUUAAUUGAUUGAAACAUCUCGCUUUGGUUGUCAUUGUUCUCCUGGGCAAAUUUGAAAUCAUGGAAGAUAGAUGCUAUUUUUAAAUUGUUUUCCUGUUUAGUCAUCAGAGAGGAAGUGAAAACCGAAAUAUUUUGAUCACGCAAUAUCUGCCAAAAAUGCAACUUUCGCAACAGUGGUUAUUACGGCGUGUUUUUUUUAUAGGCAUGAACUAUUAAACACCAUUGAGCAGCUGAUGUUGGUCUGUUCAGAGAACAUUUGGGUUUUUCUAACCAGUUAUUUCAUUGCCUCGGAAAAACCAUGUUAAUCAUUAUCUAGGAUUCUCAGUGAACUAUGCUGCGUUGGUUAUGAGUGGAUAAUUUACACAGGACUCGUCAUUGCACCGUGACUUCCGUAGCAAGCCCUAUAUUUAUCUGCACAGACUCGAGGGACGUCUGUUUGAUUUCAGCUCGAGCAGCGUAAGGCUUGGUGGAAUAUUUACCUCGAUUCAAAUCAAUAAUGUGAUUUCUAAAUUCAAACUGCCUUGCGAGAAUGGAACUUGAAAUAGAACAGAGAGAGGAUGACAUCUUGGAGUUAGCAGCCCAUCUCCCUGAUCUCGUCCUACAAGCGAGUAACAGCAUCCAGGAUUACCCGGCCGUUCAACAUGUUGAAAGUGUUGUCAUGUUUCUCGAUAUAUGGGGUUUCACCUCCCUGUGUGAGCGGCAUACUAAGCUCAAUCUCGGAGUCGACGUCCUCACCAAAACCCUCAACGACUACCUGGGUCUCAUUGAGAAUGCUAUCCUUAAGAACGGUGGCGAUGUCGUCGAGUUUGCUGGCGAUGCAUUACUGGUGCUAUGGGAUGCUGAUUUGUACGGGCAGACGGCGACCAUGGCUCGUGCAAUCCGGUGUGCAAGACAGAUACAGAGAAAGUGUCAUGAUUGGUCAACGGAAUCGGGCAUCUCAUUGGCACUCAAAAUAGCUCUGGCGAUAGGUCAGAGUUACAUCACCUAUGUAGGAUGUGACUCCUGCCGGCACUACAGCACCAGCGGACCGGCAGUGAGUGAAGCUAAUAAAACAGAGAAGAGAUGUAGUAGAGGUAGUAUCGUCCUGAGCCAGCGAGCCUGGGAAGCAUGCCCUGAUAGGACAGCCAUGAAGGUGGAGGAAUUACCUGAGGGAGAAAGAAAACUACUAUCUGUAGAAAAGGAAUGGGCUGAAAAGGAAUUGGAUCCAGUUCGGAAAGAGUUUCAGACGCUUAACGAUCCCCUGAAACAGGGACAGAAACUGGAGCGUGAGCCUCGGAUUCGGAAGAUUAAUUUUAAAUCGGUCCGUCGAUCCAAGAUGCGACCCUUCAUUGCACCUCCUGUUCUAAGCAAGUUUGAUGAGAACCAGUCUCUUGACUACCUAUGUGAGAUGCGAGAAGUGACAGUUGUGUUCAUCAGUCUUCACAUGGAUUCUGCGCAUGAUCACUCCACAUGUCUACAAGCCGUCUAUGAUAAGAUACAUACAUCAGUCUCACAGUUCCAAGGUAAUCAAUCUGUAUUCCCUUCUCUCUCUCUCCGCUCUGCCUGUAGUUGCCCUUUCUGA